AUGGCUGUACCGCACAAUGUACCUUUCCCGUCAGGCGGGACUUGGUUCGAUACGCUCCAUAAAACAUUCGACGACGUCCCUGUCCAAGCCAAUAACGACAAUGCCAUCCCCACCAGCGACUUCCUUGAAGCAGCGGAGUCCCUCACAACGCUUUUUGAUGUGCUAGGCUCAAUGGCAUUCACACCCGUCAAGAAUGACAUGAUCGGCAAUAUCAAGAAAGUCCGCGACCGACAGCUAGCCACCCCCGCUGAUUCAGAAACACUUCAAUCUCUUGUCACCAAUGAGCUCAAGACGAAGAAGCACACCGCAGCGGAAGGUCUGCUCUGGCUUGUCCGCGCUCUCGAUUUCACCUCGCAGGGUAUUCGCAGCAACCUCCAAAAUCCCUCCGACGAGCUCUCCGCCUCCUUCCGCACAGCUUACGGCAAUACGCUGAAACCUCAUCACUCCUUCAUGGUGAAACCGAUCUUUAGCGCAGCCAUGUCAGCAACGCCGUAUCGAAAGGACUUCUAUGCCAAGUUGGGAGAUGAUCAGGCCAAGGUGGAUGAGGCGGCGGGGAAGUGGUUAGAGGCGCUAGAGAAGCAGGUGUCAAUACUUAAACAAUUUCAGGCGAGGAAGGAGGCCAAAUGGUAA